CCCUCAUCCCCUCCACGACGUCGUUUCUUCCCAGCGAUAAAAAGCACGUGCGCCCGCCAAUCCCCUACCCUCCCUCUCUCACUCUUCGUCUCAGUCUCUCAACUCAGUCUCAUCCACACCUCUCUCUCUAGACUUUUAGAAAUCAAAGAGACCGAAUCAAAGCCUUAGAGUAAUAUGUUUAUCCUAUCCGCCACGCCUUCGUCCACAUUCUUCACAUCAACGCCUAGGGUUUCGCUUUCGUUUUUAUCGUCGUCGUCGUCGUCGUCUUCUUCUUCUUCUAGGCUUUGCUCGGUCUCUGUGCGAUUCGGUGCGCGGGGGCCGGUUUUUCCGUGUCCUAUUCGCUCGGUGAAGGUGAGAGCCAUGGCGGAGAUGGUUCAGGACAAGGACUCCGCUGAGGAAAAUGUGGCGUGUUCCGGCGGAGAGAGAAGCCACUCGCGCAUCUUUCUUGAUGCGAGCACCGAAGAAGAGCUGCUGGCUGGAAUCAGGAAGGAAAGAGAAGAGGGAAGGCUGCCUUCAAAUGUUGCUUCAGGGAUGGAAGUAUUGUACCACAAUUAUAAAAAAGCAGUUUUCCAAAGUGGAAAUCCAAGGGCUGAUGAAAUAGUGUUGUCAAAUAUGGCUGUUGUAUUUGAUCGUGUAUUCUUUGAUGUUGAGGAUCCUUUUGUCUUUUCACCAUAUCACAAAGCGCUGCGAGAGCCUUUUGACUACUAUAUGUUUGGUCAAAGUUAUAUCCGUCCUUUAGUUGAUUUCAGAAAUUCGUAUGUAGGCAACAUUUCGCUUUUCAAUGAAAUUGAAGAGAAGCUUCAGAAGGGUCACAAUAUUGUCUUGAUGUCAAACCACCAAACUGAAGCAGACCCAGCUAUCAUUGCAUUGUUGCUUGAAGCAACAAACCCACAUAUUGCUGAAAGCAUGACUUAUAUAGCAGGGGAUAGAGUUUUAAUAGAUCCUCUUUGCAAGCCCUUCAGCAAGGGAAGGAAUCUUCUCUGUGUGUACUCGAAGAAGCACAUGUAUGAUGAUCCUGAGCUUGUUGAGAUGAAAAAGAAAGCAAACACACGAAGUUUGAAGGAAAUGGCUUUACUUUUAAGGGGUGGAUCACAAUUAAUAUGGAUUGCACCAAGUGGUGGGAGGGAUCGACCUGAUCCUCACACAAAUGAAUGGUUUCCAGCACCCUUUGAUGCUUCUUCAGUGGACAAUAUGAGAAGGCUUGCUGAACAUUCUGGUGCCCCCGGGCAUAUAUAUCCAUUAGCAUUGUUGUGCAAUGACAUAAUGCCCCCUCCACCCCAGGUAGAAAAAGAAAUUGGAGAGGAAAGGGUCAUCUCCUUUCAUGGAGCUGGAUUAUCAGUGUCACCAGGCAUCAGCUUCUCUGAAAUUGCUGCUGCCUGUGGAAACCCUGAAAAGGCUAAGGAUGCAUACUCGCAAGCGAUUUAUAAUUCCGUGACUGAGCAAUACAAUGUGCUCAAUUCUGCUAUACAUGGCAAACAAGGACUAGAGGCAUCUAUACCGAGUGUCUCUUUGUCACAACCAUGGAAUUAGUGGACCUUUAUAAUCAGGGACUACUGCACCUCCCUAUUCUUCUUAUCAAUGUGGGAAUUCAAAACCAAAGAAAGAAACCUCUGAAGUUACCACCUCAUGAGCGGGAUCCAACAGACAUCAAUACCAUACGACAUUUUUGUUUCCUUUUUCCCUGGUUUAGAUACCACUUCAAGUAUGUGUGAAGAAAAAUCUGUUACAAGAUUUAUCCUUUACAGGAUGUUGUGUCUUGGCUGGAACAUUUUCUUGCCCAAGCCUAUCAUAGUUAUGAUUUUGUAUAUUGGAAUGGAGUUUUUUUUUUUAUAUUUUUUUUUUAGUUUUGAUCUCAAUUCUGAAAAUCAUAAUUGCUCUUGAAAAGCCAGUCCAGAGAAGAGGUUGAGAGAAAGUCAUAAUUAGCCAAAAAUUGCUGACCUAUUUCAGUUAUUUUUUAAUUAACUUUGU